AAAAUUACAAGACUAGAGAUAUGGCCACAAAAACCCAACAUUUUGGCCCCUCCUCAACAUUCAUCAGUCUAUUUUUAGUGUUACUCCUCCAAAUUCAUUAUGCAAAAAGUGAUCUCAAGUUAAAUUACUACUCAGAGAGUUGUCCAAGAGCUGAAGAAAUCAUUAAAGAACAAGUCAUCAAGUUGUACCACAAGCAUGGAAAUACUGCAGUUUCUUGGAUCAGAAAUCUCUUCCAUGAUUGCAUGGUUAAGUCAUGUGAUGCAUCAAUACUGUUGGACACAACAAAGGAACAAAAAUCAGAGAAGACAUCUGAAAGGAACUUUGGGAUGAGAAAUUUCAAGUAUAUAGAGACUAUCAAAGAGGCCCUUGAGAAUGAAUGUCCCAAUACUGUUUCUUGUGCUGAUAUUGUUGCUCUUUCUGCUAGGGAUGGUAUUGUUAUGUUAGGAGGGCCACAAAUUGAAAUGAAAACAGGCAGAAGGGAUAGCAAGGACAGCUACUUAGCAGAAGUUGAGAAUUUCAUUCCAAACCACAAUGAUUCUAUGUCUGUAGUUCUUUCUCGAUUUAAUUCUGUUGGUGUUGAUACUCAAGGAACUGUUGCUCUACUUGGGGCGCACACGGUCGGACGAGUUCACUGUGUAAACAUAGUAAACAGACUCUACCCGACAGUUGACCCGACCCUAGACCCGGACUUUGCGAAUUAUCUCAAAACCCGAUGUCCAUCACCACAACCCGACCCGAAAGCAGUUGAAUACGCCAGAAAUGACCCUGUAACUCCAAUGGUGUGGGACAAUUUGUACUUCAAAAACAUUAUGAGCAACAAAGGGUUGUUAGUUGUGGACCAACAAUUAGUUACUGAUCCAACAACUUAUCAAUUUGUGGAGAAAUUUGCUGCUGAUAAUUCCUACUUUAAUGAUCAAUUUGCUAAAGCUUUGAUUAUUUUGUCGGAAAAUAAUCCACUUAGUGAUGAUCAAGGGGAGAUUAGAAAAGUUUGUCAUGUCAACAAGUGAUUAAUUAGUAUUUUAACUAAAAGUACUUAUUAUUUAUCUUGUUGGGUAUGUCAACUUUACUGCUGAAAUUAAUAAUGUGCCUACGUUUGUCAUGUAUGUGCACAUAAUUGUGAUUUUCUCUUUUCAUGACGUAUGAUAUAUCAAUAUAUCAAAAUUUAUGAUUA